CUGGCCUAUGACUUAAUCAAACACACGCCUAAUAACUUAAGCAAUUUUAUCCGUCGAUUAUAACACGCCAGUAUAUGUCACCGAAUCACCAAUUUAUAUGAAUUAGAAUGGCAUAAAACUCCCGCCCGUCAAUAUUAACAAAAGUGCCGCAAAUAUUAUAUAUCAGACAACCCACUGGACACUGAGAAGCGAACCGGCAGGGCGCCAUUAUCGACAUGGAGGACCGUCAAGUGCAGGCCCCGUACUCCGAGGUCUAUUCGCCUGGAGCUGAAAAUCGGCGCAACUCCAUGAGAAGCAGCUAUAGCAUUAUGUCCGAGGUCGGAAUGGCUCGCAAUGAGGUUUAUGACGGUCCGAUGUCAGAGAGUGUUCCAUCAAGCAUCGUCUCCUUUUCCCAUCGUCGAGAUCGAAAGGAUUCCAAUACUAGCUUCACAUAUUUCCAAGACAAUGAGGAGCACGCAAUGUGGCCGCAUGAGGAUGCAUUGGACGUUGACAGUGAUAGAGACGAAAUCUCAGUGGAUGGCUUCAAUACUACAGACGGGUCAAUACGGUCGUCUAAGCCCCGACCUUACUCAAGAGGCUCUGUUGAAGACCCCUUACUACAGCGAUCAUUGUCUGUUGGUUCGUAUGCGCAGAAUUGGAGAGGCGAGAAUAGAACAAGUCAGAAAGUCCACAUCAUGUCAGAAGACUUGACAAUUGUGAUCGCGGGGUUCUCAACAAGCAUCACUGGUCUGGUAAUGUAUUACAUGCUGUGUGCAUUGUCAUUUGGAUUCGCCUAUCUACUCUUUCGGUGGUUCCCAAAAUGGCGCGUGCGUCUGUUGGGUAAAUCUGUCCCUCUCGACGAUUGCAGAUGGGUUGCGAUUGAGGAUCAAUGGAAUCGAUUCCAAAUACAAUCAGUCGACUGUCAAGAUUAUGGGCGCCCUCUUUCUACAAUCUGGGCAGAUCCUGACUGCCGCCUGUAUGAUGAAGACAAUGACCCCACUAUUGCUCAAUUGAGAUGCAUCGAUUACAGAUAUCUACGCUUCUUCUACCAUCCUGUCGAGGAUCGAUUCUGUCUGGUAAAUGGCUGGAAAGAUCCCUCAUGGACAAAUGUGAAAGGAAUGAGGCUCGGGUUGGACGCCGAUGAUCGUGACAAUCGAGAACUAAUAUUUGGAAAAAACCUUAUUGACAUUCAGCAGAAGCCUGUCUUUCAGCUUCUUAUGGAUGAGGCCUUUCACCCAUUCUACAUCUUCCAGCUAGCAAGCCUUGUACUGUGGUCGCUCGAUGAAUACUAUUAUUACGCCGUUUGCAUAUUUCUCAUUUCAGUCAUCAGUAUUGGGGCAACUGUCAUUGAAACCAGAACGACAAUGAGCCGCUUAAGAGAGCUCUCGCUAUUUGAAUGCGAUACCCGUGUUCUUCGAAAUGGAUUUUGGAGAUCUAUUCCAUCCAGGGAGCUUGUCCCAGGAGAUGUCUAUGAGUUUUCGGAUCCUUCUCUCACACAAGUCCCUUGUGACUGUAUAUUAUUAUCCGGGGACUGUAUAGUGAACGAGAGUAUGCUGACAGGCGAAUCUGUCCCUGUCACUAAGGUUCCUUUGACAGACGAUGCGUUGAGGUAUCUUGAUCUAAAUGUACCUUCCAUUGAUCCUAACCUUGCGAAGCACUUUCUUUUCAGCGGUACAAAGAUAAUAAGGGCGCGACGCCCGCAGAAUGUCGAUGAUGAUGAAGCUAUAGCAUUAGCGGUUGUUGUGAGGACGGGAUUUCUCACAACUAAAGGUGCCCUGAUCCGGACAAUGCUCUUUCCCAAACCCUCUGGUUUCAAGUUCUACCGAGAUUCAUUCCGCUAUAUCUCAGUCAUGGGCCUUGUUGCCAUUCUAGGGUUCAUUGCCUCGUUUGUGAACUUCGUCCGCUUGGGGCUUCCUUGGCAGUUCAUCAUCGUCCGAGCACUUGACUUGAUCACGAUUGUUGUGCCUCCAGCGCUACCUGCUACGUUGAGUAUAGGAACCAACUUUGCUCUUUCACGACUCAAGAAUCAUAAGAUAUUCUGCAUCAGUCCGCAAAGGGUCAAUGUUGGCGGGAAGCUAGAUAUAAUCUGUUUCGAUAAAACUGGGACACUGACCGAGGAUGGACUAGACGUGCUUGGCAUUCGAAUUGUGGACAAUAAUGCAAGCUUCUCUGGUCUAAUUUCCACUAUCAAUUUCGACACCCAUAUUCAAGCACACAGUCCUGCCCUACAUGAUACCAGCAGUUAUGCUAAUAUUCUCCACACCAUGGCAACGUGUCAUUCUUUGAGGGUGGUCGAUGGUGAAUUACUGGGAGAUCCUCUGGAUGUUAAGAUGUUUCAAUUCACGGGAUGGUCUUUUGAUGAAGGGGGAAGUCACAUUGAACAGCCGGACUCGGAAACAAUCAUGCCGUCUAUCGCAAAGCCACCCGAGAGAACUGGCACGAUUGCCGGCUACCAGCAAGAUGAUGAGCCACAUGCACCUGUGGAGCUCGGUAUUUUGCGCAACUUUGAAUUCAUCUCGGAGUUGCGUCGCGCGAGUGUGGUUGUACGCCAAUUUGGUGAUCCGGGGGCUAGGACUUUUGUCAAAGGCGCCCCGGAAAGUGUGAAGGCAAUCUGUCUCCCGGAAAGCUUGCCCCGCGACUUUGACGAGCUUCUGGGCUAUUACACACAUAAAGGCUAUCGCGUCAUUGCUUGUGCUGCCAAGUAUCAGCCGAAGUUAAGCUGGAUGAAGAUUCAGAAAAUGACUCGUCAUGACGCUGAGUGCAAUCUGGAGUUUCUCGGGUUCAUCGUUUUUGAAAACAAGCUGAAACCAAAGACUACUAGGACUAUCGCUGAACUCAAUCAAGCAGGCAUACGCAAUGUCAUGUGUACAGGUGACAACAUACUAACGGCAGUUAGUGUUGCUCGUGAGUGUGGGUUGGUCAGUAGCAACGAACACUGUUUCGUUCCUCAUUUCCUACAAGGAUAUGCGCAUGAUUCCAAUGCUUCGCUUUGUUGGGAAAGCGUCGAUGAUCCUGCAAUCAGGCUUGACCCAACUACACUCAUGCCCCAGGCAAGUGUUACAGGUAUUGACUUAUCCGUACCGGGCAAUAUCUCCAACCUUAAUAACUACUCCCUUGCUGUGAGUGGUGAAGUCUUUCGAUGGGCCGUCGACUUUGGCAGCGAAACAAUCCUCGAUAGAAUGCUUGUGCGUGGCAGUGUAUUCGCAAGAAUGUCGCCGGAUGAGAAGCAUGAACUGGUUGAGAAGCUCCAGUCCCUCGACUACUGUUGUGGCUUCUGUGGCGACGGUGCUAAUGACUGCGGUGCACUGAAAGCUGCCGACGUCGGUAUCUCAUUGUCAGAUGCUGAAGCCUCUGUCGCUGCUCCGUUCACGAGUCGUCAAUUUGAUAUUUCUUGUGUCCCUACGCUGAUUAGGGAAGGUCGAGCUGCCUUGGUUACAAGCUUCUGUUGCUUCAAGUACAUGAGCCUCUACUCGGCCAUACAGUUCGCAACUGUUAGUUUGUUGUAUGCGUCCGCGUCGAAUCUGGGCGAUUUCCAGUUUCUUUUCAUUGAUCUAUUUCUAAUCUUACCAAUUGCGAUUUUCAUGGGAUGGACCGGCCCUCAUCCAAUACUUUCUCGAAAACGACCUACAGCAGAUCUCGUCUCGCGCAAAGUGUUGAUUCCAUUGCUUGGCCAAAUUACAUUGUGCAUAAUCACGCAGCUUGUGGCAUACAAACAUGUUCAACUGCAACCUUGGUUCAAACCUCCCAAUGCAGGCUUGGAGAACAACAUUGGGAACUCUGCAAAUACCGUACUUUUUCUGAUUUCUAGCUUCCAAUACAUACUGUCAAGUGUCGUGCUCAGCGCCGGACCGCCGUUUCGCAAACCAAUGAUCUCGAACAAACCGUUCCUGUUCAUGGUGCUCUUGAAUCUACUAUUCUCAUGCUAUAUGCUUUUCAGACCCAGUCGGUGGCUCAGACGAGUCAUGCAGUUGACGUCUAUCCCAAACUACUUUGCGUGGCAGUUGCUAUUGAUUGUUUCUGGAAGCUUUUUCAUUUCUUGGAUGGCUGAAAGAAGAUUUCUUCCUACUUUUGCUCGUCAGGUGGGGAAAUUACUUGAAAGAUUGCGACAGGACAAGUCGAAGAAACGUCGGCGUUACAAAAUGCUACUCGACGAAAUGAGAAACUGAAUUUGACCCCCUGAGCAGUGUUCACUGUUAGGAUGGUAAAGGUUUCCGCGUUCUUACGGGAGCUCUUCGAGUUCACGGUUGAGAUAUCUAAGCCUGGUUGGUGAUUGAUAUCCGUUUCUUUCUUCUUUGUUUCCGUUUAUUGAUCCCCGAAAGACAUAGCCGUUCGGUUAUAUGAGUGGUUGGGCUCUAGCAAAUAACUUGAACACACUGGGACAAUGCGCACUCAAUGAUCCCAAGGGUGCUUCCAUCCUAACAGGGCAGGACCAUCUUUCUUGGCUCGAUACAUUAGGAAGAACCACAUGCUAGCCCCCAAGGCUGUGGCAGUAAAGCGAUACAGAGGUCGUGCGGGAUGAAU